GUCACUGUCAAUUUUGUCGUCUAGCAAAUUGCAAUCAUUCCAAAUCCAAAGAAUACAGUAAAUAAUUCAUUAUUUGAUCCCUUUAUUCCAUCAUUACAAAGUUAUAAAUAAAAUGAGCUUCGAUCAAUCUUCAAACAGUAACAGUACGAACGAUAAGACGGAUAGGAAGGUGAUAGACCGCAGCAAACCUGACGACUUGCAAAUCUCGAGAACAGACAUGAACAUGUUGAUUAUGAAUUAUUUAGUCACAGAGGGCUUCAAGGAGGCUGCAUUAAAAUUCCAACAAGAGGCUGGACUACAAGAGCCUGCUCUCUGCAGCUCCCUGGACGAACGCAUCAUGAUCCGUGAGGCAGUGCAGAGCGGCCGCAUACCAGAUGCCAUAGCCAUGGUCAACUCCCUUCACCCGGAGCUGCUAGACAAUGAUAGAUACUUGUACUUCCAUUUACAGCAACUGCAACUACUGGAACUAAUCCGCGCUGGGCGCGCCGAGGAGGCUCUGUCAUUUGCAUCAGCUACACUGGCGGAAGCGGGGGCUAACGACCGCACCGCGCUUACCGAACUGGAGCGUUCCCUCGCCCUGCUCGCGUUCCCUGACCCGCACGCGUCGCCCUUCGCUGAUCUGCUGCUGCCCUCCCACAGCCAGAAGAUCGCCAGCGAGCUAAACGCAGCCAUACUAAAGAUGGAGAAUCAAGAAUACACCAACCCCAAGCUAUGCAGCCUUCUGCGUAUGAUCCUCUGGUCCCAGAGCGAAUUAGACAAGCACAAUAUCAAGUACCCAAAGAUGACCGACCUGGCCAAUGCCACUAUAGAGAAUCCAAGUUUUAAGUAAGUUUCAUUGUGGUUUAUUUAUACAUUUAAUGUCUGUAUUUUAUUACCAUUGUAAUUUUUACAUAACACUCAAUUACUAAAUAAAAGAGUUUCAUUUAAUUUUACAAACAUAUCUAGGUCGUUAUCUGGUUUAAACAGAACUCACUGUUUCAUUUACACAAAUCCAGUUUCUAAUUGCUGAGAAAUAUGCCGUAUUAUAAGAACAAUGAAGUGUUACUAACACUCAAAACCUGCUCCAACAUAACUCAGUGCCGCCCAGGCAGCGAUGACAGGUGCAGAAUUGAUUUUUCUAAUGACGACGAUAUUGGUAUCGUAAAGUUAUACAUCCGACCUUACAAUGGUAAUAAAAAAAGUCUUAGUUGAUAUUGGCUGUUGCUAAUCAAAUGGAAACUUUCACCUGGUAAUGAAUUAAGAGGAUACAUUAGAGGUCAUUUCUCCAUACAAACGUUCUCGACAUUUUCUUCUCUAGAUUUUGGCCCUAUAAGUCUGUAUCUUUAGGUAGUUAAAUAAAUGUUAACAAUGUGUUUUUACAUUUUCGGGUACUUGAAACAUUUAUCAGUUAAUCAACCAAAUAGAAAAAUGCCUGGAUCUGUUCCUUCAUCGUUCUGGUUUUAACCUAUUUCAUUUAAUCGUGAAAUGUUUUCAUCUACCCUCAAGUGGCUAAAUAUUCGAUCUCGUUUUAGGUUCUUUACUAGGGCGAAGUAAUAGCAAAUAUGACAAAACUAAAUUACUAUUGAUUUUUGACGACCGGUUUGGCCUAGUGGGUAGUGACCCUGCCUACGAAGCUGAUGGUCCCGGGUUCAAAUCCUGGUAAGGGCAUUUAUUCGUGUGAUGAGCAUGGAUAUUUGUUCCUGAGUCAUGGAUGUUUUCUAUGUAUUUAAGUAUUUAUAUCUUAUAUAUAUCGUUGUCUAAGUAGUAAGUACCCUCAACACAAGCCUUAUUGAGCUUACUGUGGGACUUAGCCAAUUUGUGUAAUAAUGUCCUAUAAUAUUUAUUUAUAAUAUUUAUUUAUUUAUUUAAUCAAAUCAUCCCGAUAUAUUCCUAUUAACGAAAUAGCACGAUUUGAAUAGCUUCGUUGUUACGUUGAGUAAGUAAUAUAUCAUAUUAAAACUUCUGUAAAAUGUGGCACAUCGAGUUAAAUUGAAGUCUUGAUGAGUUCAAUAUUACAAGUAUCUGUGUCUGUACGUUUUGCUUUUUUGCUAUUCAUGUUUUUAUAAGAACUAGGUUAGUUCAAACAGCUCUAAUAACGGCCAAAUAAAUACGCCGUAAACUGACGCCUAGCAUACGAGUACAAAUUGGUUAAGUUUUGGAGGAGGAAAUGUCGAGAAGAAAACCUCGAUUUCUGUGACUUUUACGUAAGAUUUUUCGCGUGAGCUGCAGUUGUCCUUGUCGCACUAAUUUUAGGAGCCGUUCCCAUUAGCGCGACGGAGAUAUUUACCUGAAAAUCUCAAAUCUGAGAAGGGGCUCAACUGAUAUAUCUUCUUAAGCAGUGAAUUUAUAAUUUUAUGAAAUUACCAUGCAACUAGUACAUAUUUGUUCCAUCUUUAUCAUUAAGUAGUUAUCCACAUGGGUGAAUGUAUAUUUUAUUUAACAGUUCUAAUUUGUAUGGAGAAGAUGAAUUAUAGAUUGUGAUGAAAUAAUCAAGGUUUCUUAUUAUAAAUAUUUAUAUAUUUUUAUUGAUCACAACAUACCUAAAUUCUAUCGAUUAUAUUAUAAAAUAGAUCUUAUCGGAAACUGUUCCAUAUUUGUUUAUUUCCCCGACUAAGGCAAAGCCAAGAAGGGGAAUCUUAUGAGUUUAGCAGUCUACCGUUGCGUUUGGUGGAAUAGGCAAAAUUUUAAUUUUUUUCUUACAUUCUAUACGAUUGAGAAACCGUAUUUAAAGUAAUUCUAUACGUAUAGUAGAAAAGACCAGAAUAACUAGCAUUGCAAAUAAGUUAUUUAUAGGUACAGGCCGCGUGCAGCUCCAAGGAUUUAGGAGGCGGAAAAUUAAAGGGUUAUUCUCUGUGCUUGUGUAUUAGGCGCAGAUUCAUAUUUAUUUAUCGAAGCUCGUACACAUACUGUAGGUACCUUCUAAAUAGACUUACCGUAAGGCAUGACUUGCUAUAUAGUAUGAGCAUCUAGUAAUAAUCUAAUAAUACGAAUAUUGCAAACAACAAUAACAUAAUAGGGCAGCCAAAAAGCUUUCUUAUUCCAAGACGGCAAAUAUUUGUGAUACCUCAUAAUCAUAAAUAAUACUUUUGUUUACAAGUACAGUCCAUAAUGAUUUGUCGAUUCUAGAUUUCAUUUGUAUGUAGAAAAAUGUUAAAUUGAAGUGAUAGGAAUUAAAAGUUAACCUUAGAAUACCUCAGAGUAAUCGAUUGGACUAGAUUAAGAAAAUCUAUUAAUAUUAAUCGUCACUUAAAAUGUAUUUAAAAAUAAGGUUUUUGUAUGUAAUGUUUAGAAAUAAAGUAUUAAUUAAGAAA